GCUCUUUCUCUUUGGGUUUUCUUGGAGCUAUGGAACCGGAAAUAACGACGCUAGGGAGCUCUAUCCCAGUUCCUUGUGUUCAAGAGCUAGCAAAGGAGAAGACAAGCACAGUCCCACCACGUUAUGUGCGUUUUCCUAAUGAGCCUCCCAUCAUAUCUGACACCACUUCUUUACCCCAAGUCCCAGUCAUCGACAUGCAAAGAUUAUUUUCUGCAGAGUUCAUGGACACAGAGUUGGAGAAGUUACACUAUGCAAGCAAGGAAUGGGGUUUCUUCCAGUUAAUUAAUCAUGGGGUGAGCAUUUCAUUGGUGGAAAAGGUGAAAGUUGGCAUUCAAGAACUCUUUAAUCUCCCAAUGGAAGAGAAGAAGAAGUUAUGGCAAUUACCAGGAGAUAUUGAGGGGUUUGGACAGACCUUUGUUAUGUCUGAGGAACAAAAGCUUGAUUGGGGAGACAUGUUCAAAAUGGUCACACAUCCAAUCCAUUUGAGAAAGCCUCACUUGUUCCCCAAGAUCGCACUCCCAUUCAAGGAUAACUUAGACGCUUACUCAGCAGAGCUUAAAGACCUUGCCAUGAAAAUACUUGAACUGAUGGCAAAAGCUCUAGGAAUGGAACAUAAUGACAUGAGGAGCCUGUUUGAAGAAGGGUUGGGCUUAACAAUCCUCCUCCAAGUCAAUGAAAUGGAAGGCCUCCAGAUAAGGAAAGAUGGGAGGUGGAUUUCAAUCAAACCUCUCCCUAAUGCCUUUAUUGUCAACAUUGGCGACAUUUUAGAGAUUGUGACGAAUGGAAUUUACCGUAGCAUUGAGCAUAGGGCAACUGUUAACUCAGCAAAGGAGAGGCUCUCCGUGGCCACAUUUUACAGCCCAAGCCUAGAAGCAGAUAUGGGUCCAGCACCAAGCCUUAUUACUCCAGAAUCUCCAGCAUUGUUCAAAAGAACAGGCGUUGCUGACUAUUUCAGGGAAUUUUUAUCUCGCGAACUCAAUGGAAGGGCAUUAAUUGAUUCCAUGAGGAUCCAGAAAGGCACUUAAGACUCGAGAGAUACUCUUAAGUUUAAAACCUAUAUAUUGUAUGUGUGCUAGUGGCUUGUACACUUAAAUCUGGUUUGAUUAAAUGCGUCCAGAUUUGA